AUGCUUUUCAAAGACGUCGCACUGGCGCUUUCUAUGCUGGCGCCUAUGGCCCGAGCCUCCGUCCUUCACGCCCCGGAAAACGACAUUGAAAAACGCGAUAUCGAUUAUUGUAUAGUCGCUGAAAUACCUCCUAAAGCCUACAAGAGAGCGGCCUGGACAUUUGAGACCGGCGGCGCUCCCCACGCAAUAUCGGGCCCUGAUUUCGCAUCAGCAGACCUAUACGGGAAAGUAGGGACCAGUGAUGACGGCACGGUUUCACUCUCGGUCCGUGCCGCCAACAUGCCUCCCGGCUGGUCCUGGUUUUUGAAAACUCCUCUAGAUCGAACACCAGGCAUCAUCAGCAUGUUCGGCAACGUGACUUGCGGCCCAUACUUUUACCCCAAGUACCCCAGUACCACCAUGACCGUGGACAUAUACUUUUACAAGUGGGGCCAAAACGUGUAA